UCUAUCUAGAUUUUUAGUUUUGUACUGCUAUUUCAGUCAAUUAGUAUUCGUAGUAUUCUUAUUUUACUGUUAUUAUCAGGUAGAUAGAGAAAAAUGUCUGGUAAGCUUCGUUUUUUUAAAGAAAAGCUGGAAGGGUAUAACCAUUUCUUUUCUAUCGUGAAGACGAUUAAAAUGGUUACAAUGGCGAAAUUUCGCCAGCUUCAGGUCCGCAUGAAGACACGUGAUUACACUUUGCGCUACACAGAGAAGGCCUUCGGCACUGCGAAUGCUGUGGAACGUGGGGGCACUGCGGACAGUAAAUACAUGCAGGUUUGCAUUCCUGUCAUGACAAACCGAGGCUCUUGUGGUGCCCUUAAUAGUAAUAUGCUAAAAACCGUUGAUUUGAUGUCGGAUAGCAAAAUGGUACUAAUGCCUUUGGGAAAGAAAGGUGUUGAAUCUAUGUUCAAGCUGUACCCGGAUUCGUUUGGGUACGGCAUUAUAAAUGAUAUGAAGGAGCCUAUGCAUUUUGCUUAUGCGACCUACGUGUGGGAAAAUGUGACUUCUCUUUGCCCUGAUGCUGACGGUUUUCGAAUCAUUUUUCAUCGUUGCAUCUCGGCUGGCUCACAGCGUCAAUGCUGCUAUAAUAUCCCGUCCUAUGAUAAAUGGAAAGCCGAUCUCGGUGACGCUUCCAGUUCAGAAAAUCAGAAACACCGUUAUCUUUUUGCCAACGCACUGCUUAACGAAGAUGAGGAACUGAUUCGAGAUUUUUACGAUUUUCACGCCAGCCUUGCUGUUCUGAAUGCGGUCUGUGAAAAUGAGCUUUCAGAGCAGGCAGCCCGCCUUGUUGCCGUUGAAGGUCAGCUUUCCAAUAUCACCACUCUCCAGCAAUUAACAAGUUCACUGUAUAACAAGACGCGUCAGUCCAGUAUAACUUCGUCACUUAUCGAAAUUAUCUCAGCAAUGACUUCAUUGGAAAGCAACUCUGCUAAAGGUGUCCAACGCAUGAAUUUCUGGGAAAGUGCUAGUAAGAAGUAAAUGAAAUAGAAUAUCGUUUAUGCAUUCCUUUGAAAACAUUUAGUUUAGCAUUUGGGUUUCUUCUAGAAAGUGUACGAGGGAGGGGAGUAUAUCGAAGCAUAUUGAGGUUUCCCUUUAGCUAACCCUGAUAAUA